AUGGCCACCAGCACCAUCACCAAAACCGACCCCUCGGCCCUCCUCCGCGCCAUUCUCACCACCACAGAAGAGCACAUCAUCCCUCUCACCCGCCAGGGCGUCACCUCGGGCUGCAAGCUCUUCGGCGCCGCCAUCCUCCGCCGCGCCGACCUGCAGCCCCACACCGUCGCCACCAACAACGAGCGCGUGUCGCCCCUCCUGCACGGCGAGAUCAACUGCAUCCAAGAGUUCUUCACGAAGCCAGGAGGCCUAGGAGGAGAAGGAGGACGACAACGGGAAAGCGCAGACGUGCCCCGGCCCGAGACAAAAGACUGCAUCUUCUUCGCCACCCACGAGCCCUGCUCGCUGUGCCUGAGCGGCAUCACCUGGGCCGGCUUCCGCGAGUUCUACUACCUCUUCACCUACGAGGACUCGCGCGACCUGUUUGCCAUCCCGUACGACAUCGAUAUCCUGCAGGAGGUGUUUCGGGUGCGCGCCGAGGGCGAGACGGACGAGGCGCUGGGCGGGCGGGCGCUGUAUAACCGGCGCAACAAGUUCUUUUGCGCGGGCAGCCUGGCGGAGCUGGUCGAGCAGGUCGAGGACGGGGCGGAGAGGGAGAGGUGGCGGGGAGAGAUUGCGAGGGUGAAGGGGCUUUAUGGGGAGCUGUCGGAUACGUAUCAGGAGGGGAAGAGCAAGGGCGUCGAGACGGCCAGCGUGUGGAAGUAG